AUGAGCGACUUGCCGCAGUCGUGCGCUGGACCCCACGCCUCGUCUACAGACGCAGACGGAGCAGCUGCUGAGAAACAGCGUCGCGCGCACGUGCUGUCGGUGAUCAAGCAGCUGCCGCGAGUUGCCGUGGAGAAGGAGCUUUCGGAGCUCAGCGCCAGUCCAAGUACGAGCGACGUCCCAUCUACUGCUUUAACGACGGUAGCGGAGUCAGGAGGAGGGAGGAUAGGCGACGUGGAAAAGCCGCUGACAAUGGACUGUGGUCGCUCGGCGUCGGCGUUCACGGGGCUGUCCAAUCAGGGAGCGACGUGCUACAUGAACAGCCUCUUACAGAGCAUGUUUAUGACGCCGGAGUUCCGUCAGGGACUCUACCGCUGGACGUGCUGCAAUGUUGAAGAAAAGGUGCUGGAACUGGGAGACGAAGAGGAGGAAGAAGAGGGAGAAGAGGCAGAUGAAGACAAUAUUCCGUUGCAACUCCAGAAUCUAUUUGCCAAGCUUCAACUUACGACACAAGACGCUAUUUCUACUAAAGAUUUGACGAAAAGCUUUGGAUGGACAGGAUCAGAUGUUUUCCAGCAACAUGACGUGCAAGAGCUGUGUCGAGUGCUGCUAGAUGCCCUGGAACGGUCGUUUAAAGACACGGUGAAUGAAAAUCUAGUGAAUGAGCUGUUUGAAGGAGCACUGAAGGACUAUGUGCAGUGUCGCGAGUGCGGCUAUGAGAGCUCCAGGAUUGACAAUUUUCUCGACUUGUCGCUGGUCAUUCGUCCUUUUGGAUCGACGGAAAUGAUGAAAACUGUGGAGGAGGCCAUUGAACUAUUUCUGCGUCCAGAAGUAUUGGAUAAAGAGAACCAAUGGGUGUGUGAUCGGUGCAAGGUGAAACGAGAUGCAAUAAAAGGAUUGAAAUUCUCGAAGCUGCCGUAUAUUUUGAUGCUGCAGCUGAAACGUUUUGACUUUGAUUAUGCCACGAUGAACCGCAUCAAAUUGCACAACAAAGUGACCUUCCCGAAGUAUUUGGAUAUGAAUUCGUAUGUGAGUGACGAAAAUGGUGGCGCUCGAGGUAAAAUUGCCCGAAAAAUGUCAAUGGAACGGCACGAACUGGAGACUAACAACCACCACAAAUUGAAUGAAGGGUUGACGGCUACAUUAUCUUCACCCCCUGUAACGCCGUUGUGUGCAUCAUUGGGUGAAAAGGUGCACCGUUUAUCGUCCAUGGAUGAAUCGCAGCCGAUUGAAUUUGAAAACGAAGUGGAAGAGAUGACUGACGACAACGAGGAUGAUGAUAUGUACGGUUCUUCUUCACCCGACACUUGGAGCCCAGCAUUUGACCCUGAAACCAUGAUCAAGCGCUUUGGACCUCAUGUGUACGAGCUAUACUCCGUGCUGAUUCACUCUGGCAGCGCGCUGGGUGGGCACUAUUAUGCGUACAUAAAGUCUUUGGAGACGGGCAAGUGGUACAACUUCAAUGAUGCUAAUGUCAGCGAAAUUUCUGACGCGGAGCUAAAAACGGCAUUUGGAGGUGCCACUGGUACCGGUUAUAGCGCGCGCUACAGUACAUGCGCGUACAUGCUUCUGUACCGCCUGGUUUCUGCCGAAAAGAAUGUCCACGUGAUUCCACCGGACAACAUUCCUCAGUUUCUGAAAGACAGAAUCCGCGCUGAUGAAGACAGGAUUCGAAGACUCGAGCAAGAGCGGCUAGAAAUGUCGAAGAAAAUGCUGGUGAAGCUCUAUAUGAAGGGUUCCAAGCCCAAAAACAUCGAAAAGGCAAUCUACCUGUACAAGAGUCUGACAAUUCGCGAAGCCCUGGAAAUAGCUCGUGAAGAAUUUGCGAAAGAUGACAAUGUCAUAGUUCCAUCGACAAGGAACGUAAGGUUACGGGGAUACAACGACUAUAACUGUUUGCUGUCCGACACGUAUAGCGGCAGAGAGGACAUGACGUUGUCGUCGCUAGGAUUCUACGCAGGCCAACAGAUGUUCCUCGAAGUCAAGAGCGAUAUUGAGGAGUGGGAAGAGCAUGACCCGACGAAAUUACAGCUGUUUAUUCGUCGCUUCAUUGAUGAAGAGUCUGGCACCGUUGGCAAGCCACCCCCUGACUCGCUAAUGGUAAGGUGUGUUCAAGUGGAGGACGAUGCAGACAUUGCAUCUCUUUGCGCUUUGAUUGCAAACAAGUUUUCCGUCCCAGCAAGUCACAAAAUCCGCCUCAUCAAAAAGAGCGCGACCACGUACAGUAUAGCUGCGGCCAAGGUUCUCAAUGCGGACGACGAAAAGCGCACAUUGGAUCUACGUCUUAAGAUGGAUUUACACUUGGUAAAUGGGACGGAACUGUAUUUCGAGGAGACGCCAGACUUAUCGAUGGCAUCACCAGCCGAGGCAUUUUUUGAGCGCGAAGCUAACAUGAUCACCGUCAACUUCAAGUACUUGGCGAGACCAGCGCAGCCAAUUCGCAUCGAUAGGCGCAGCACGAUCCGAGCGUUAAAGGAGAGCAUUAGUCGUGAGAUCGGGCUACCAUCGGAUGCAUUCAAGCUUUUACGUGGCAUUAACAGUGCAGGCGUAGAAAUUAAGGCGAUCGAUAGCACUUUGUCCAAACUGUCAAUCGGGUCGAAUCACACAGUCUUCGCUUUGGAAGGCACUCCGCUGAACACCGGAGAGUAUAACUUCAGGUUGAUAUUUCAUAACCCGGUACGCGCAGACAGAACUUUUACAGAGAGCAACGGUAUCCGCAGCCAGGAACAAUUUGCUGAAACACGUCCAUCAGUAGAUUGCAGCAACAGCGAGGGCUUGUUUAACAUUGAUGAAGUGCUGGUAGUGACGGCGAAGGAUGACUCGGUGUUGACUUUUGUGAACCAAAUCGUUAUUAGCGAGGAGAUGCUGGUCGAAGACAUUCGUCGAAAAGUCUGGGAUGAGUUGGUUGGGAAGGGCUUCGUGAAUGCGGACGACGAACAUUUGACUCCAUCACACAUCCGUCUUCGCGAUUUGCGUCAAAACACGAUGACAAGCGUGUUGGUGGAUGGCCAAAAGCUCGUGGAGGCAUCAAAACUGGCAGUAUACGAAGGAAGAAGCAUUGUUGCAGAAAUCUUGACGGAGCCAGAAACUCGAGAGGUCAAUCACCGGGUCGUUGAAUUCGCUUAUGUCGAUCGCGCGACAUGGCGCUUUGUCGAUAAAUUGCGAUCCGAGGUGGUCAUUUCUACCUUUGAGGAGGUGGACCACCCUGAGACAUAUUUAGCAGAAGCCGCUAGCAUUGCAUUGUCAAUACCAGCAGAGCGGCUACGCUUUGCACGUAUCCCAUAUCAUCGUGACUCGGUCGACAUCAUCGAAGUGGUUACAUACAACUACUUGCCCGCAGCUUCCUUUGCGCGUACGGUGAACGAAUAUCAGGAACUCUUUCUCGUGAUUGACAUCGACGUGAAAAUGACGUACAUGGGCAGCCACGAGCGCCAGCUCAUCCACCGUUUCUUGACCAAGAAAAGCGAAGAAAAGACACAAGCACUAUGCGCAAAGUACCCAUCCAGUGGCAACAGCACAUACCAGUAUCAGAAACCCAAAGAAGCUGCGCUGGUCAUCCGCACUCGAUCCCGGACGAGCGAGCAUAAAGACACUGGCAGCGUUGGAAGCAGUAAUGGCAAAACCUCGAAUGGAGUCAGUAUCCGCACACCAACUCAUCGUGCUGGGAAGACUGCAUCGCGUAAUCAUGCUUCAUCCGACACUGACGAUGAGGAUGACACCGACUUCAUAGCGGAAAAGACGGAAGCCUUGGAUGUGGAUCUCUUUGGAGGCCUUUCAUAA